AUGUUGAAGGAGAACAUGAACUCAUCGAUACAUGAGAUGAGGCAUCGAAAACUUUUGCCUUCCAGAUUUACAAUUUCAACUGCUCAACUUAACAAUUUUGAUAUUCUUCUGUUUGAACAUUAUCAGAAAAUAAUGCAAUCAAGUUUAACUUCUGUAUGGUGUGAGAGUAUCGGAUAUCAUUCUAUAAGAACAGAAAUGGGCUUAUGA